AUGGGGAGCGGAGCGAGUUUGAACAAUUCGUAUCAAAGCAGCGAGCAAAACGGUAAACUACAACACCAGGCGAGCUUAAAGGUUAGUACAACUCAACUCAAACGCGAACUGAAGGAGAAAGAUGAUUUUCUGCAGCGAAAAGACGCCGAAUUACAACAUCGACAACGUAUUAUUGAAGAAAAAGACGCCGAGUUGGCCAAACUGAGGAAAGAAAUUCACGAGUUGAAAUGCGUAGUGCAACAAACUGCUUCCAAGGCUAAUGUUUUGUCUACCAUUCAAGAGGAUGGGGGGCUCAGACACGCCAAAGAGAGAACAAGCAGAAAGGAAAAACGAAUGGCUGUCAGCGGGGAGAGCAGUUCGAAAGUGCAAGAGGACACAAAAAAGGAACUGGACCGCCACCCAAAAGACUUCAGGUAUGCUAGUACCGUUUAUGAAUAUUUUCAACAGAUUGUCAGUGAGCUGAAAGUCAUCAAUCGUCCGGAGUAAUAUAUUUGUUUAGAAUGUUUGUUUUUCUCACUUCUUUGUACCUGAAAUUGAAUGAGAAAUAAUGUCCUGCCAGGAAUAGUGAUAUCUAAGCUCACGGUAAAACUGUUUAAUUAUCAGUUAAGUGAAUGAAAAUUAUUCCUCAAGUCUCGUGAAGAGUGCUAUCUAAAAUCCAUUCGAACUGUUAAAAAGCUGAUUGUCAGGUUAAUUCGCUCCGUUUUGCAAAAACCAAUUAUUUUUUCAAAUCCUGUCCCCUUUGGUUCUUGGUUGUAGGCCGUGAAUUGGUCCUUUUGAAUUUUAAGCAGUAAAUAUAGAAUGACCUAUUCAGAAUUUAACGUCCAGCUCCAUAACGUUCUUGCAAUUUAAUAAACCGACAAGGCAUCAGUGUUCCAUUACUCUUUUAGCUGCCUUAGCGACCAAACUAUGUACUUAAUGUGAUAUAAAGUACAUCUGAAUAUAAUUUAUGUGAACAAUGCUAAAAAAAAUAAUUCAGAUCUAGAGACAGUUUGAAAAGGCAAGUGGCAAAAAAAUGUUUCUUUAUUUGGGGGUUGUCAUGAAUGCUCGACGUUCAGUGGUGGUGAAUUUAUAGACUGGAAGUUUUGGUACUGGAACAGCAGCACUUCCUUUCGCAUGUUUUGAGUCGUUGUCCAGUGAGAUCGAGUUUAUUUUGAUAUUGACGCUUUCAUUUAGACAAUAAGGCAUAUGACCUUUUGAAUAAUCACCUCAAGUAUGCAUUGUCGAGUCACUGAAAGUUUAAAGUUCUUUGAGAUAAAACAGAAAAAAAUGAGAAAAGAAAAAAAAAUACAGACAGUCGUCGUGUUUCACGGCCGUAAAAUCACUAAUGCGGAAUUUGCAAAUUAAGGUAAAAACAGAGAUAUAGGCUGUAUUAAAUAGUCUGUGAUUACUAUCUCCAUUUAAUGACGUGUUUUUUUGUUAAAUACAGCGUAAUUUUUGAAAAGGCUCCUUUCCGUAAUUUCGAUAAUCUCAGUAAUGUGCUUACCAUGGGCGGAUCCAGGAUUUUUUUUAGGAGGGGGUGCACUCGUCUCUUGCGCUACUUCAACACCAUUAAACCACAUAGUUUGUUUUUUGCAGAAUACUAAUCUUCAGGGGGGUUUGCGCAUCCCUGUAGAACCACUAAAUUGCGUGAACCUAAUACCCAACUACACUCUUUGAGAAGCUAAACGGACACAAAAAAUGGAAAAACAAACUCUUCCCAUACUUGUGCUUGUAGUUACCCAUAUGAAUUUCAAUAUUUUAUCAUAUUAUUUUUUUUUCACGAGCUCUUUUAUGUGUGUCUGGUGGUUUUAUUGUAUUAUUCUACCGGUGCUUAAAAAUAAAGUUACAAUCUUUGCACUUGAGUGCAAGAAAAACAGAGGGGACACAUGCAUGGCCAUUGGACAAUAUAAAAAAGCAAAAAGACUUAAUCUCAACUCAUACUCUCCUCAAUAUAACGCUAUUUUGCUCGUACUUUUUUUUCUCUUUCCCGAUACUUCUGUGUAGCAUAUGAACACCUCAUGUCAAUAAUAACAAGAGAUUCACUGCGUUAAUGUGCGACACGAAAUUUGGAGCAGUAACGUAGAAAAGUUAAAUAGUGGACAAAUUGACAACCUCACCUAGCAAAUAGCAUUGGGCACGCCCCUUGGAAAACUCUCUGUAUUGUUUGACUGUGUCUAUCAGUAUACUUAACAAUUAUUCCACAUCACAUAAAGAAAGUCCGAAGAAGUAAAAACCCGUCGACAAAUUCUGAAUUUUGUGUCGUUUGUUUCACAGAUCUAAGCAGCUUAUAAAGGAUGCCAUCAACGAGAAUGACUUUCUCAAAAACUUGGAGUCGGCCCAAGUGCGUGAGGUAGUUGACUGUAUGUAUCCCAAGACUUAUAACAAGUCCGAAAUUAUUGUCCAAGAAGGAGACAUUGGCCACGCUUUGUAUGUCAUUGCAGGUAAGAUCCAUCUGAGUCCUUUAUCUUGCUAAAAGAUUUUUAAUAAGUAAUAACGUUUUGUACUGAUUUAUUAUGGUUUUUACACUAGACUUUUCUUAAAAUUUAUGGAUUUCCAACGCUCCGAAACGUUGUUAACACGAGAUCAUGUUUGAGUUACAUAGUAUAUUUUCGGCGACGAUAUUUUCAACGACUUUAACUUUCACUGGUACAUGUCCCCACAGCACUGUAUUUACACGUUAAACCGUCGUAACGUCGGCGAAAAGACAGUGAAAUUAAAUAGUAUGUAGAAUUUCACAUUUUCAAGUCACAACAGUUGACUGGGCGAUAAUGGUGGAACACUGAAAUCACACAGUUGGACAAGUAAUUCAGGAUCCAAGCUCAUUUUAACAAAACUUAAAUUUCGUUUAUUACCUGUUUUCACUCUGAAUGACAUCAUUUGAGGAGAAGCAAUGAAAAAGAGAGGAGAUUAGGACUGCGGGCUCCUUUUGUCGCCCGGAAAAACCUUCUAUGUAUAGUUUGCAAUUCAGUAUUGAAUGAUCGGUUGAGUAGGAUGUGAAGAAUUAUGCAGAUCGAGGAGACUGUUAUCCACCGAGGUGAAGGCCGAGGUGGACGGAUAAUAAUUAUUCACAUCAUACGAAAGCCGAAUUCAAUAACUGUUUUAUUAUUCGUUCAAAAUAUUUCUAAGUUCUCAAAAGCUUAACUCCUCUUAGACUUUCUACGAAGCGGUUUCAGGAUAUAAACAGACCUUUUUUCUUGCAGAUUCCUAAAAAGUAGAUAACAUCCAUCGAGCCAUAUGUUUUGCUUAUUCUUGCAUCUCUUCCGUUCAGCUUAAGUCAGAAAUUCAUCUUCUUCGUUUUCGGAUAGCUGCGAACACCAUUUUUUGAUCGAUGGUCUAUUGCCCUUACAGCCUCGGCUCCAGGCAAAUAUACCAUCGUUCAACCUCGUAUACAUGUCAAUAAACCAUUGAAUCGCUGGUAUAUUGCUCGCAUCCUCGUUCAAGUUUGGGCAACUCCGGUUGGUUAUGAGGAAUUAGCUGGGGGUUUUAAUCCAAUCAGAAACGGAAUGAAUAAUGAUAGGGCCCUAAGAACAGGGACACCUGUGAUAUUGGUUCGGUUUAGAAUAUUGACUUGAUUAGCGUUCUUUUUAGAGGGCCGUCUUGAAGUCACAAAAGAUGAAGAAGUUUUAGGUGAAAUGAACGGCGGAACUGUGUUUGGGGAGUUGGCCAUUUUGUACAACUGUAAACGAACUGCAACUGUCAAAGGUAUUUGCUAUCCGUAUUAGCCAUUUGUAUUGCGUCUGACUUAAGUCAUAUUUCAUUAAUUCAUGUGCAUGUAAGCUCAACUGAUUUGCCCAGAACAGCCUUGGGGCUCACCUGCUAUGUGAACCCUUUCAUGAUGACAGCUGUCAUGUAAAAAGAGGUUACUUUGAAAAGAUGAUGCGGUGCUGCGGUAAAUUUAAACGAAGAAUUUCGUCCGUUCAACGCAAACUGAGUGGCCGGGACGCAUGUGAACAAACUCACUCAUUUGACUGUGAACUUUCUCACUGUUCUUCAAGGUAAUUUAGGAGUUAGUCAUUUCCAGUCAAUAUGAUAUUUUGGCCUAACAAGAGUUAAAUAUGUAAAAUAACAGACGAACCUCCAUGUGCAACCACCUUUCGUAAGGGACCAUCUCCCAUGAUCGAUCACUGAUCCAGAACACUGAAAUGUUAUUUAUUUGGUUAUUUAUUUAUUCAUAAACUUCGCCAUGAGGCCUAUCACUCACAGAGCAAGCUCCACUACGAGGUCCAGAAAGCCUCUAGUUAGAAACUUUCUUCAACGACCAUCACCGAUCCAGAACACUGAAAUUUUCCCAAAGCCUCUAGUUAGAAUCUUUCGCCAAGGACCACCUCUCGUAAGCCUCCAUCUCCCAUGAACGAUCACCAAUCAAGAACACUGAAAAUGUUCCUAAAGCCUUUAGUGAGAAACUUUCGUCAACGAAUACCUCUCGUAAGCGUCCAUUUCCCAUGAAAGAUCACUGACCCAGAACACUGAAAUUUUUCCAAAGCCUCUAGUUAGAAUCUUUUGUCAACGACCAUCUCUCGUAAGCGUCCAUGGCCAUGAACGAUCACUGAUCCAGAACACUGAAAUUUUAUCAACGCCUCUUCUUAGAACCUGUCGUCAACGACCAGCUCUCGUAAGCGUGCAUCUCCCAUGACCCAUCACCGAUCCAAAAAACUGAAAUUUUCCCAAAGCCUCUAGUUAGAAUAGUUAGAACCUUUUAUCAACGUCCACCUCGUAAGCAACCUCGAUCACUUUUUGGGCUGAUGAUUUCUUAGUUUCCAUUGGUUUUAAGCGACCGCUUGAUUCAAGGUGCAAUCUCUAUGCUCAGAGUGUGAACUAGGCUACUAAGAGUAUGCGAAGAACUUUUAGUAAGAAUACGAAACUACACAUAAUUUAGCCUCAGAAAACAGCCGAGUAAAUGACCUCCUCCCGUAAGCGACCACUAACUAUACGCAUUUUGGGUGGUUGCUUAUUGAAGGUUCGACCGUUUUUGUAAUGUGCCUUCUAUUUCUUUUCCGUAGCCAUGGACAGUGCCAAGCUAUGGAUUAUCGAUCGUAGCGUGUUUCAGAUGAUCAUGAUGAGGACGGGAAUGAUGAGACAAGCCGAACAUAUUGCAUUCCUUAAAAGGUAGCCAAACUAAGGACAUCUUCAUAGGAAGCUACCAUUCCCAGGCUACUUUUAUCAAUGAUGAGUAUUACAAAUGCCUCUGUGGUGGUGGGGGGGGGGGUGGACAUGGUUAGUGAUUGACUGAGCCAUACUGUUUUUAAGUAUAUUGAUUCCAGCGAAUGGGUUAGAAUGUAAACAAGAGCUCCGCUUUUAGGCUUGGCUAAAUCUAUGGCAGUCAUUCCAUGAUUAUCUACAAAGUCAAAUUUUGUUUUCCGAGGAUUCUUCGUGUCACAAAAACCGACUUAUCCAACAAACAUUUCCCUGUAUUUAUUCCUUUUCUCCUUCGAUACUCGCGCGCGUUAUCGACACUAAAGGGCGGGCGUAACGUGAUAAGUGUUCAACAAAUGUGAAGAGUAUUAAAGCUACUUCUCGCUUUUCUCUAUUACCCGUCAUAUAUAUUUCUAAAAUACAUGAAUGCUUUCCAUUCCAAUGGAACCUAGAUCAUAGAGAAGCUGUACGAUUAGCUUAAAACGAAACAAAACCUUCGAAGAAAAUUGCUCGUAUCGGUGAGUGUUCUAUGAGGGCGCAUAUUUUUCAGUGAGUUAGAAGAUUUCGAACUACGAAGGUAAAAAAUAGGCGCUUUACCUUUAUAUUUGAUCUUGUCGUUUCCCUCAUAAUUUUUGCGGCGCAGUACAAACUCUCCAUCAAUCUACCGAGGCACUUUCUUUAUAUUCUUUUUAUUUUCGAUGCUACAAUCAGUGGCUUUCCUAAAAGAUUGAAAUCAUACUGAACAGAACUACGAAGAGCAGCCAUUGCUACAAAAAAAAAACACCCCAUUUUAGUUAUUGAAUUUUUAAAAUAAACUAUAAAAACGAAGUUUCGGUUUGGCUUUUUGGUAGUUUGUUAAAGAAACUAACAAAAGCUUACGCUAAACUGUUGCAUUUACAAGUGAUGCGUUGCCCGUAUUCCACCGCAUAGAUUUUUUUCUAAUUCUACAUCAUGCCCUUCAUGUUUCAGUGUUCCUCUUUUAAAAAACUUAUCCGAACAAGAAUUAGCCAAGCUUGCCGACGUUAUGGAAGAGGUAAUAACCCACGAUUACUCAGCCUGACUGGUGUAGUUAUACCUUAUUCUCAGUUAAUUCGCGAGUAUUAAAUUUCGCGAAUUCAAAAUCAUGAGCCAUAUUUCGCGAUUAUUUAGUUUCGCGAUUCUGGGGAAUUUUAGCAAUUUAAUGGGGAUUUUUAGGGAUUUUUAGAUUUAGCGAGUGUUAAAUUUCGGGAUUUUUCUCCAAUCGUGAAAAUCGCGACAUUAAAUAGUCGCGAAGUUAAGUGAGAAUAAGGUAAUUAGAUUUCUAGGCACUUUUAGACUAAAGGUUCCCUGUUGGUCAUAAUUGUAUGUAGCAGAAGGCUGAUGCUGACUGGAGUCUGAUUGCUAAGUAUAUGUGAUCGUUUCCUUUUAUUCGCGAUUUUAGGAUUAUUACCAUGGCGAUGACUUCAUUAUACGCGAGGGAGAAAGGGGGGACACAUUCUAUAUCAUCAAUAGAGGAUCGGUAUGUUCUAUAAGUGUGUAACUGUUAUAUACUACAACCAUGCUUCUGUCGGGAGAAAAUAGAAAGGGAACCUGUGACUUCACGUGGAAAGCUAUAAUAAUUUAUUGUUUUUGAUUUGAUUUGCACGAAAUUUUUUGCAAGGGAUUAGUUCCCGGUGUAGUGAAUCCCGAAGGAAACCUUUCCAGAACCCCCUUCCCCUCCCCCCAAACCCGCAAUAAAAAUGCUUUGUUUAUAGACAACGCAAAUCACCCUUGGAGCAAGCGUAUGGAGAUGGUAGUUGACCUGUCGGCUUCAGGGGCUUGAGACACAUAUUAGCAAAUUGUGACAAGAAUCGAUUUCCUUUGGAAGGAACGAUGGUAAUUUGUGAUAAAAUAGAACCGUUAUAUUAAAAAUAGAGAAGCCCCUUUUUAACUGUUUUGCUAAAAAUGAAAGUCUUUUAAGGAUCACCAACCUGAAAAUGCUGUUGAACCGGAUCGGUUUGAUUAAACAACGCAUGGGUUACAUUUUGUUGUAGAAGUGACCCCUGGUAUCCACCAGCCUCCUCUAUCUCCCUUUUGAGGGCUCAGCACAGCCUUCUCCCCUCUCACCCACUUCCAUCGUUUUCUGGUUCAGUUUUCGCGCAGCUGUAUUUCUUACGAACCACAAAAGAAAACAAAAAGGGGAAAACCAAUAACCGUCAUCUUCCCAGCAUAAGGGUUUUAUAAAAGGGAAGCUCCUUCACACUUCCCAACAUCGUUGCAUGUUGUAUAUGGCGCAGUCUGUUGCUUGUUUCUAUCAUGUGUGUAUCAUGUUUUCCGCUUAGGUGAUCGUCACUCAAAGAGUGGCGGGAUUUGAUGAGCCUCGGGAGAUUAGAAGACUCCAGAGAGGAGAUUACUUUGGCGAAAAAGCUCUCUUAAGGUACCACCCUCCAACGUCUUCCUCCCUUCUUACCGUCAUGAGCAUCAGCAUCAUCAUCAUCGUCAUCAUCAUCAUCGUCAUCGUUAUGAUGUCAUCGUCAUAAUCAGCAUCAUCGUCAUCAUCAGCAUCAGCAUCAACAUUAACGUCACCUACCAUCACCAUGCUUAUCACUACUGAUCAUCAUCAUCAUCAUCAUCAUAUUAUCAUCAAUCUCUCAUUUGUUCAGCUCUGUUUCUUUUGAUCACUUCUCUUACGAUUGCCUGGGGUGCCAGUAAAGGUUAAAACUGGAAUUUCAGUCGUCUGGGUCUCACUUCACUCCAAUCGUUUUCUGAAAUCAGUUGUAAGAUUAUUAUAGUUUUGUUUUUGUUUUGUUUUACAGUUUACACCUGUAGCCUUAAAUGAUUUUUGUUUGCUCUUUCUUCAGUGAAGAUCGCAGAACAGCAAAUGUGAUUGCUGAGACACCGGGCGUGGAAUGCUUGGUUAUCGAACGAACGUGAGUUUAAUACCGAAACUUUUACAUUGCUUCCACCGCCACCACUACCACUACUUACUUGUUGGUGAAGUCUUGACUUUUUAAAGCCUCUUUUCAUGUGCCCAACUCCUUUGAUCUCCUAUAAGAAUAAAUUUCAUAAUCAUCGGUACACGGACUACUGUAGAAGUAAAACGACGUAAAUCUUUGUUUUUAAUGAAAGUGCACCUAGCCAGAGACUCAAGCUAGUUUAGAGGCACACAACUCAGAUAGUCAGGAACGAAUAAUCUAAAUACAACAAAACAUAGUUUAAAUACGUCAUCUGGCAGGAGAAACCCAGUGGCCUAUUUGCAGACCUUUAGCUCUUAGUUUAACAAGAAAUCAAUUUUUACCGUAAAACUAUCUAGCUGACGUUUUUAAGUGGUAGCGUUAAAAUAAGGAAUACGAAACUAUUUCUCGUGAACUUGUUUUGAACCAAUGCCGCCCUACCCCUCCAAGAUACUAACGGAAAUAACUUGUUUUGCAAUGCAUUUCUCAGUGCUUUUAAGGCUCUUAUCGGCAACCUUGAUGAACUCAAGAAGAAAGACUACGGCGAUAUGGAAAGAGGAGCCACAAGGUACAACUGCACAUAAUAAUUUCUUACUCUCGACUAGGUAAAAGGCAUAUUAGUGAGAAAAUAUCAUCUCCUCUGCAGAUGUCUGUCGGCUUCUAAACUUGAUUCAAGCUAUAACGAGGAUAGGAAAAUCUCCAAAGAGUUCCAGGAGUUGACUCUUGACGAACUGGAAGUAGUGGCCACCCUGGGGAUGGGAGGAUUUGGACGCGUGGAGCUGGUAAGAGAAACACAUUUUAAUUUUUUCAGGAGGGUGGGGAAGCGAGAGGACCCUUGGGCGUGGUUGAGUAAUAAUCCACCAAACUAGAUAGUCGAGAGUGCUUAACCCGUGAAAUAGGGAGAGGACACUACGAAGUAUUAUACUGUAAUUUCUUUUGUUUACUCCCAGUAUUUUCCACUCACCUAUAUAACAUAACGUUUACUGCAUUCCUUUCAAGGUACAAAAUGUAAAAGACAAAAGAACGUACGCGUUAAAAUGUUUGAAGAAAAAACACAUCGUGGACACAAGGCAACAAGAGCAUAUCUACUCCGAGAAGAAAAUAAUGUCUCAAGCAAAUUCACCCUUUAUCUGCAAGUAAGAUAUAACCGAUAUUCCUCCCAUUAAGUUAGGGAGCUUUAACAUCUACCACGGCGACGGUAGCGAAAACGAUUCGCGCUGCUUCAAACUUCUUCGCUCUUAUUCCGUCUGGUUCAAUUUGUCAAAUUUUGGCCAAUUUUUCUUGAGCUGAAUUCUAAACGACUGUAUCUAAGUUGAGCAAAAGAAAAAUUAAAAUCUUUUUCUUGCAUUCACGUCCUUUAUAAAAGGUGGAUUUGGGAAGUUUCCAAUGUACCGAAAAAAGCGUGAUGCGCGUGCAAGGUUGUUGUUUUACCAAUCCAAACCUAUCGCUUUUUUUGUCGUUCUUGUUGCCGUAGUCGUUGCUUAAGCUUUCUAUUAUUAAUUUAAUCUUAAAAAGGACAACAAGGAAAUCAUACUUUUAUGUAAACAGUUUCAUUUUGGUAACCGGAAGAGCUGAAAUAUUGUCAUCCUUGGGGACCUGGAGGGGUUAGUAAGUCGCGUCGAGAGAAACGCACCGUGCUUUGAAACAUUCAUUGUGCAGUUUCUCUUGCCCUAAAGACUGCCUCUGGGUCUUCGAGGAUGAAGUAUGAUAUGAAUGUUGUAGGCAAGGUGACAAAAAAUCGGCGCUGGUUUUCAGGCGUUUGGGAAGCGCCCCAUUCCUUAAUGUACUGAAACAAAGAGAUGCAAACCUUUUCGCCUAAAUGUAAUGUGUGAUAAUCUAAGACAGUCUUGGUUCUGGAUUCCACGCUGUUGAUUCCGGAAUUCAGGUACCAGAUUCCGGAUUCCUUGUCAGUAGUACUUGGAUUCCAGAUUCCAAUCCACGUUAGCCGGAUUCCGGAUCCCAGAUUCCUAAGCUGAAUUCUAGAUUCAAAAGCCUAGGAUUCUGGAUUCCAGGAGCAAAAUUUCCUGACUCGCGGAAUGCGGAUUACCUUACAUGGGAUCAUUAUACGUUUCUGGGAAACUGCCCACCUACCCCCCGCUAAGCCAACAUUUUGCCCUAAAUGAGAAGUAAGCGUUAAUGCUGGCUUAGGAGAGGCGUAGGUGGGCAGUUUCCCAGAAACGUAUCCACAUGGGGCAAAACCUUUGGUGCUUUGCAUCGCAACCAUUACUAUAUAAUAUGUUGCGGCCUCCCCUGAUGUAAUUGAAGUUGUCAAACCAAAAUGAUUCAUUCUCUAACUACAGGUUGUAUCGGACCUUCAAGGAUCGAAAGUACGUUUAUAUGUUGUUGGAAGUUUGUCUAGGCGGAGAACUUUGGACCAUCCUAAGAGACAGAGGGUUUUUCGAUGACUCUACCGCUCGAUUUUUUGUGGCCUGUGUCGUGGAAGCUUUUGAGUAUCUGCAUUCACGAGGAAUUGUUUAUCGCGAUCUGAAGGUAUAAACGCAAUGUUCAAAUAUCAUCAUGUUUAAAUACCCUUCGUACUGUAGAUUAUGAUAUCUAUACUGCUUAGAGUGCAUGGGGUGACUGUGUGAGGCCACUGUUAUGGUCCAAACUCCAAUCGCGAACGGACACUUCCUGGAGACGCGCGCUGAAGCCCUAGCUACAAACAUUAACCACAAAGGACUGCAAAGGACCGCGAACGAAUAUGCCGAAGAACGUGGGAUCUAUAAAGACUUGAUCAGCAAAAAUAAUAAUGUAGACAUAUUAAAUUCUGCAAGCAACUACAUUCUUUCACUAAGCAAGCAACUACAUUCUUUCACUAAGUAAACCUAAAACAACUACCUAUGGUCUUAACUCCUUUUCUUACUUUUCAGCUAAGCAGUGGAAUGCACUGCCGGACUUUUUUCGUACAGUUUUUUUGCAGACUUUAAGACUAAAAUACAGGAUGCUACCUUCAUGUAGAUUCUUUUUGCCUGACAUACUUAAACUUAAAAUUGUGAAUUGUAAAUGAUAUUUUCUUUCCUUGCAUUUAAGGUAUAUAAAUAUUUUCUAUAUAGUUUUUAUGUAGUGUCAGCUCGAAGAUAUUAGCUUGUUAGCUACUCUAAAAUUCGAGUAUAAAUAAAGUUUUAUGUUAUGUUAUGUUACGCAAUGCUGAUCGUACUACGUGAAAAUUAACUCUGCAAGACAUCAACACGACACCGAAAGAACUCAAAACAGAGCGGGAUCGUAGCUAUAGACAGUUGUUUGGCCCUUUUUGGGGCUCGUCAGUAUGGCGCAACUUUCUGUGGUUGUUGCGCCAUACUGACGAGCCCCAAAAAGGGCGAAACAGCUGUCUAUGGCUACAAUCCCGCUCUGUUUUGAGAUCUUUCGGUGCCGUGUUGAUGUCUUGCAGUACGAUCAGCAUUGCAGUAUCCUAGCCACAGUUCAUACAAACACAGCCUGGACGGUUUCUCGAUAAAGUACAUUCCUUUAUAAUACAUAGUCUUAGUGUUACCUUCAAACUGAUUUACUGAUUACACUUGCCUUUAAGGGAUUUUAGGAAUGCUAAAAAAGCUAAAAUGCUUUAACAGUUGUUGUCGACUAAAUAGAGGUCAAAUCGAUCAUGCGGCUGAAUAAGCAACCUACCCACACCUCUUCAGAUUUGUGAACUGUUGCCAGCGGCUUCACUUUUCCACAACAAAUAACUAGGAUUUCCAAGAGACUAUCAUGUGUCAUAAAGAACUCGUACGUGACUUGCGCGUUACUCACACUGAUAAUGCGCGCUACUAAUUUCUUGGUUGCGCAGGAAGCAUGCUCUUAAUAUAAGUGGGCCCCGACUUUAAUUUUCGUGUCCCAAACGUGUACACUUAACAGUGGUUCGAUUUUAUUACGAUGUAUUUGAAGAUAAAAGAUUUAAAGUGUUGAUUGAUGUCUGUUUUUUUUCUAUCAGCCGGAAAAUUUACUUUUGGAUAAAGAUGGAUAUGUGAAACUGGUACGAUGGAAGUAUUUCUUUUUUGUAUCCUCUUUGAAUUUCAUUCGGUUUUAGUUACAUUGUUUAUAUUGCACUAUCAGGUUUUUAGUAUAUCAUUUUAUGUUAAAGUGGUUUUGUGAUAAAAUCCGAUAAAACAGACACGCUUUUUUUUAUUUGUAGGUGGAUUUUGGUUUCGCCAAAAGAAUUGGAUUCGGAAGAAAGACAUGGACAUUUUGUGGAACACCGGAGUAUGUUGCUCCAGAAAUUAUUCUUAACAAGGUAAAGAUUAUAAUAUGUGAUACGAAUAACCAUUCUCGCUCAUAUAAGAAUGUGACUUUGUCCUAUUAAAUAGUCUUACCUUUUUUCGAGUGAGAAACAUUGCAGGCGGUUUAUUACCUUUAAUAGUCCAGUUUCGAAUUCUUCGCGGCCGCUGAAUAGAAGCACCGAAGACUCCCAGGCAUCCUCUCACCGGUAUUUGUGAAUAUUUCACCGGAGCUCCACGCGCGCGCGAGCGGAGCGCCAUAGCUGAAAAAAUUUGGUAUUCUAUCCACCCCAAAAAAUUUUGGAAGUCACGUGACCGUACGUGCACCCGCCCGCGCAAACCCCCAGUCCGUUCUUCCGUUCGUCCGUCCGUCCGUCCGCACACAGGGAACCGAUGUGAAAUGUUACACUGGGCGCUUUCUAUUCACCAAAAACUUUGAGAAACUUACAUGGAAAGGUCCAUCGAAUGAAGAACGUGUUUUAUUUGACACAAGUUCCAUUCGUUUAUGCUCUCGUCACCAAAAUUUAAGAAGAUGGCUGAGGUAUCGUCGUGACUAGCCUGGAACUGCCUUGCGAAAACUCUUAAAUGGAACAUGCAUUUCCAUUGGAUGGUUUCCAAAGCGAUAACAGGACUACCUUUUCAAUUUUCCAGUUAUAUCGCGGACUCGGGUGUUGACCCAUCGAGGUUACGUGUUUUUUUUUUAACGUCUACCGCUGACAAGUUUCUAGUUUUCAAAUAAUCACAGGCUCAACUCUAUUUGGAUUUCUUCAGUGCAAUGGUUUUCAUUAACGGGAGCUUCGCCCUUAGCCUUGGCUAAAUCUACAUAUUACUUCAGGUUGAGCAAAACCCUUUACAAAUAAUUCUUUGGCGCAUUUAUUAAGCGGCCACGAUAAAUUCGGCACAGGACUAUUGAGAGCUCAGUAUUAUGCAACUGGCAACUGAUAUGAAAAAAGGAACGGCCUGAAGUUUUCAUGUUUUUUUUCGACUCCUUACAGCUGAAAUAAACAGCGUUGAUCACAUUUGCCAUUCGCUUCUUUUGCAUUUAAUUUUUGUCUGAUAGCAACAGUCAGAGUUUAAAUCCUGGAAAUAAAACUGACUGUGAGGGUUCGGUCGCUUCCACAAAAGUUUACAUUGGCUUUACUUCAAGCAAUGACACCUUUUUGUUUAAUAAUAAGUGGUGAUAAAGCUAAGCUUCCCCGUUGAUAAUAGUUAAUUGAUCUCUCGUUAAAAGAAAUAGUGUGUAAAUGCAUAACCCUUAUGCGGCAAAAUUUGGUAGCAAAACUCAAUCCUGGGCUUUCCUCGUUUAUGAUGCUCUUGAUGGAAACACUUGAUAACAUAGGGCGUGUGCUUACCCUUUCUAAGUCCUAUAGACGUGUUUAGUUGUGUUUAUUAAACUCAGAUUUUGUUUACUUUCAUCAAAGUUCCCAUUCAGUCGAAGACAAUCAUGAAGAACGUUCUACCUUUUUGUGGAAUUGAGCUUCCAACCACUCAAACUAACAGCAAAAGCAGUGAAAAUAUUUCACAAAUUAACAUUGCCCGGGUGUUUGAGUUCAAAAAAGAAAAAAAAGAGGUCAUCAUACGUAUUAUUUAUUCUUUUGUAGGUGUUGUCACUCACGUUCACGCUCAUUUAUUUUUUAUGCUCAUUUGAUUCUCAGGGUCAUGAUUUGUCAGCCGAUUGCUGGUCUCUGGGAAUUCUCAUUUUUGAGCUUUUAACUGGAAGGUGAUUUUUAUGGUCAACUAGUUGUAAACGGCAGUUACAAUCCCGGGGAGGGGGAGGAUCGAGGUACUCUCUUAUAUAAGCCAUACAGGUAUGUGCCGCCCUUAAAGGGUAAGGUUUUUGCACCUUUUCGGUCUGAAAACGGGUAUAGACUUUGCCCAUUCUGGUCUGGAAUCGGGUAUGGUUUUCGACGGAACUACGGGAGUGUAUGAACGUGUAUGCAGUUUCAAUUCCAGAUGACUAAGAAAGAAAGAAUAAUACGUGAAUUCGGAUGGAUUUGAAGAAAUCUUUUUGUUGGGUUCUAAUUUAUUACGUAAUGUCAUGAUUUCGUAGAGGCCAAACCUGAAAAGGAAUAUGGAUUUUAGAGGCCAGCUCUAGACUGAAAACGGGUGUGAAAAAUGACAUGUUUUGGCCUGAACUACGGUCAGGACUUGUAGAAGCGGGCGGCACACCCCCACCAAGAAUUCCCAGGAGUACCCCCUGGGGUUAAAAUUUAAUGCAGUAACGUUAUUUCAGUGUUCUAUUUUAACUACGUGGUUAUUGUCUUGUGCCGUUCACAACAGAGAUUCCAAAUACCGACGUUUUCUAAUAUAUUAUUUUCUCUCUUCACCGCAGUCCACCAUUCUAUGGCGCAGACCCCAUGAAGACCUACAACAUUAUCUUGCGCGGAAUGGAUGUGGUUGAAUUUCCAAAAAAGAUUGGUCGCAAUCCUCAGAACCUUAUAAGAAGGCUCUGCAAGGAAAGUCCCACUGAAAGACUGGGUUAUCAAAAGGACGGUCUCACAGACGUCAAGAAACAUAAGUAAGAGCCUGCCUUACUAGUCCCAGGCCUUUACGUUCAUGCAUUACUAUGACGAGCGAGACGAACGGCUUGGAAACCAAUUUGUUUCUUCCACACGUUAUUGUUCAUAUCUCACACCGCUAGUUGUAUUGUUAGUCACGUAUCCCUAGGUCAUCGAGUUAUUUCCUAUAGCCUUAGGUGUCUAGGACCCUUCUCAACACUAGCUGUUCCUAACAAGCAGACUCUCUGGAGUAAAUUCAAGAUUUUUGGUGUGCCUAUCUUGGUAACCCACAUCAUGAAGUUUUUAGUCACUACCCAAGUGCCCCAAAUACAAUUGGAAAAACAGAAUAGAUACGCUUUUGCAGCUCCACAUUUUUUUGUAUUUCCCCUUUGGAGUCCUGGUAGUGGUCGAUCUUCUCUCGUUCGUUUUUUGCGAUUCGGGUAUCAAAAGGACAUGCCACAUCGAUGAUUUGGCACACUCUGCUCGCCUUUUCCAUUACGACUAUAUCAGGCCUGUUAUGGUCUAAAUGAUGGUCUGUUUGCAUUCUGAAAUCCCACACUAGUCAUUUUCCGUCACUGCUUCUGGAGAAUGAUCGUACGUCUCGUUUAUCAUCAUCAUCAUCAUCAUCAUCAUCAUCAUCAUCGUCAUCAUUAUUAAUACUAUUAUUUCUUAAUAUUGUGCUCAUUUUUUGUAGAUGGUUUCAAGGUUUUCACUGGCAAGGUCUUUUAGAGCGAACACUUGAACCUCCCAUACGGCCUAAGGUAUUUUGUUCACAAGUCAUAUAAUUCUCUUUAGCAGAUCUUUAAGAUGGCAAAGAAUUUUCUAAAAAAAUAUGAUUUAUAUUUAGAUGCUGUAUUUGGUUUAGUUUUUUCGUGUAUUUCCAUUUGUUUUCUUCGGCUGUCAAACAACCUACCUUCUUCCUGUAUACUCAAGGAAGCAAAGCUAUUUUCCUAGGUCUAGACAUAAAUUGCGCUUCUCGAAUUGACCUAUGUAAAAAAAAAUAGUAAUAUGCAAAAAUAAUAAUAAUAUCAAGGAAACAAAAGUAGCGUUUUGCAUAGCUGUCAAUGGUUCUCUCAAUUAACCUUCUAAAGUAACGUAAACUUCCGAUUAUAAACCCUGGGCUUAUACAACCUCGUAAUGGGUUUUAGGAGGGUUUAUAACCAGGGGAAAAGGGGGCGUGGGAGUUAGUCAACAUAACUAUCUUUCCAUUUUACUCAAAAAGUGUUUUGAAAACAAUCAUGUUUGAAAACAUGGAAGUGCAUCUGAUCAAAAUACUUUUUUUUUUUAAAAAUUUGUAAAUCAGGAUGUUUUUCAGUUUCAAAACGUCGUAAAAAUGUCGAAUCCAUUUCAAUACAAGCUAAAGGGGGGCUUAUAUCCUGAUGCAUUUUUUUUACGGGUAGAUGGGCCUAUAAAUGAGGGGGGGAGGGGUCUUAUAAUCGGACGUUUACCGUGCUUGCAAUACAAAUGACCAGCCGUUAGGUGCGUCUCCUCGAGAAAUUUUGAAAAAAAAAAUUCAAAACCCUAAAUAGCAUUUCUUUUAUGUACCUCCAGCCUGAAAAGCGAUACCUCUCUGUGACAGAGCGUCCCCCUAUAGUCCAUUUCAUGGAGCCGCCCCUUUAGGGCCAUCAUAACCUGCGUGUCAGGAACGAGAGGGGACAAGAAAAUGCUUCGCGCGAAUACGCAUCAUUGCCUUGCCCCAUUUCCUUUUCCCUUUCGAUACCUGCCACGCACGCAUGCUAGGACCAUCAGAGAUACAAGCAAACAGACAAACAAAGGCGAAGGUUGUUCUAGUGGUAACUAUUAGAGACAUUUAGAUUCCAAGACGAGGACGACUACGAGUACGAGAUUUUCUCAAUGCCAAGUAGAGCACCCGCGUGGACCAGCGUCAUUUUGGCGGGAAAACGUGAUAACGUCGUCAUUCUACUGAGAGGUUGAGAGGUUUAGUGGGAUUGUCGUAGUAGCAGAGGUGUCAAAUGUGAGAAGUUUUAUCUUAACAGUGCCAACUUUUCCUUUGAAAAAAAGUUUAAAGAAGCUUUGCCGGGUAUCUAUUUUUGGGAAUGUCGUCGUAGUCAUCUUUGUCCUGGAAUCUAGAUCCAAUUGACGAUCUCUAUUACAUAGCUUUCAGUCCUUAUAAACUUUGUUGUUGUUGUUGAUCGAUUAUUAGGUAAAAAGCGCCACGGAUUUCAGCAAUUUCGAUCAUUACCCGAAGGAUAUGGAUGUUCCACCAGAUGACCUAUCAGGAUGGGACGAAAAUUUUUAAACUACCUUGAAAGUAAAC